CCUCGGCCCUAUAAAUGUGAGGUGUGUCAGCGCUCCUUUAGGGAGGUGGCUACCCUGCGAAAACACGAACAACUACACCGAGCAGAUCGCCCAUAUGUUUGUCAGACCUGUGGAAAGUCCUUUCUGUGGUCUUCAAAUCUCAAAGUCCAUGAACGCGUGCACACCGGGGAGAGACCAUACAAGUGUAAAAUAUGCCACAGGUGCUUCACACAAUCCAAUGACUUACGGAGACACGAGAGAAAUGUUCACAUGCGAGGAAAGCUGGUGAACUACCGGAGCCCGGCUACACCAGCAUCAGGACGGAACACAAGUCAGAUGAACCUGGCCACAUACCAGGCCUUCGCCAUGCAACAGAGGGCGCUGCUUCAUCAUGCGCUAACCUACGAGAGCCUGAUGCAGAGCGCUGUGGUCACACAGUCCAGGUUGAUGCAGGGCGGAGUUUCGACUGUAUCGCUGCCUUCAAUGAGCACAACCUCUGAUGUCAGCGUCUCUACCUCAUCAGACAUCCGUCGACGACGCCCAACAGGGUCUCCUGACUCGAUUAAAUUGGAACAGGUAACUCCCCCUACCUCACCCAACAGCAGCCAUGAGCGCUCAUUGUCAAAUCCAGGACUGUUGAACUCCACGGGGGGAGGGGACCAGCUUUACAUGGCUCCCAGAUCCAGCAGCACCUCCGCUAUAAAUACGGGUUUACUGCACUCUCCUCCCUCUUUGCCGACCUCUUCGUACUCGGGAUACGUGACCGGCAGUAAUUCUGUGAAUGGAAGUCCCCCCACUCUGACUCACGUCACAGCUGCCAUGUCCCCCACACUAUCUGGAUUCAAGUUGUCAAAUGAAUCUGCCUCCAUGUCAAGUCUACCUCAUUCAGCCCUGAGACGACUACCUCCAAUAUCGUCUAUUUAUAGUAACCAGCCCAAUACCUCAACUGACAACAAAGUCAUAGACCUCAGCAUGAAGUCCACGAGUAGUGGAGAAUCGGAGGACGGUGACUGGAAGUCGCGCAUCAUUGCAGAGCAUUUCAAACGUGAAGAGUUGGCCAACAAUGCCUCAAAGAGUCCCCCGAUCUCAGAAACAGAAAGCGAUGAAAAACGUGACGUUACAACCACAUCCAUUACACCAACAGGUGAUUCCGGAAUCCAUCACUGCCCACACUGCAACAUAUUCUUUCAUGAUUUCACUAUGUACCACCUGCACAAGAGUCUCCACUCGCCAGUGGACAAUGAUCCUUUCCGUUGUCCAUCUUGUCAGAAGCACUGUCAGGAUCGUAUAGAAUUCAUGUUCCACAUUGUUUGGCAUGUGAAGUAUCCACACACCAUCCCCAACUAUGAGCCGUUUAAGGAGGAGUACCAGACUUAAACUGGUUCUUUGCAGUGGGUGGAAGCUAGCAUAAUGAUGAACCUCAACAGAAGUGCAAUACAUCAUCCUCUUCAACUUUGUUAUCUUCACAGAAAGUUCAAAGUUCACUUUUGGACCUUCCCAGAAGUUCAAAGUUCACUAUGUAGCCUUCCAUGAAGUUUCAAGUUGAUAAUUUUUGAAGUUCCAUGUUCAAGCUUUCAAGCAUUGGAUGAAUCGAGUCAUGUUUAAGGGGCUUUUCUAUAUUAUCAUGUAUGAGUAUUAGUAGGAGAUCUCAACACAUGUGGAUGGGUAUGUGAAUUAGAAAUGGGCUACUGAGGAAAUGCUCUUGUGUGACCCAGUAAAUGUAUAGAAUGUUUAUAACUCAGAAUUUGUGUUGACUUUCAUGUAUGUAUCCAGGUUUUUAAAAAUCAUCCACUGUAUAUUUUUAAGUUGAUUUAUGUCUUUAUAUAUCUACUCAAUUUUUUUUUUUUUUAUAUAUUUUUAAUAAUAUACCACACACAGCAUAUGUAAAUCCAGAAAUCAGACAAAAUUUUUAUGUUUCGUUUUUAAGAGUUUUAUUUUUCAAAGUAUUUCAUUUUCACAUAUGCAUGAUGUCCACUAUUCAAAGUCCAGUCAGUUUUGGCAAUUUGAUACUUAUUGGUCAUCAAUAACUUCAUUUUGUACAUUGGAAUUUACCAGAAAUUCAGAGGAUUCUGAGAAAACCAGUUAUAAUCAGUUGUAGUGCUGUCAGAGGAUUCUGAGAAAACCAGUUAUAAUCAGUUGUAGAGCUGUCUUCCUUGGUUCGUGCUACAUGUCAUGCUAAACUUAGGGUUGAAAAAUAUUUCAUAGGCUGUUUUUAUUUCCAAGGCCAUUUUUAUGUAUUUUUGAUAUUUUAACUUUGUUCAAACUUACAGACCUAGUGCUACGUAAUUCAGUGCUGUAGAGGAAUAGCCUCUUCAAUUUAUGUAUUGUCAUUUUAACAGAAAACAUCUUGCUGACUCUUUGGCACCAUGGUGUCACGUAUCCAUGGUAAUGGUAGGGAUCUGCCUCCUGUAUCUACUUUGUUGGAAUAAGUCUGCUAUGGGAGACAAUUUGACCUCAAACUUUAAUGUUUUAUGCCAGUCAAUAUUCUGUCAUAUUUUACAGGAAAACCUAUGAUACGGGUAAUAUUUUGUGUCUUGAGCUCAUAUAAAGCACAUAAUGGAAGCUAUAUGUUUUUAUUAUUUACAAGAUUCCUACCUACCACCCAUUGUCAUCCUGUCUUGUUAAUAGUUCAUGUGAUAUACACUUCGUCUCUGUAAUCGUGUUUACUGAAGAAACUUGUGCCAUAUGUUGGGAUUUUUUUAUCACUGUGUUCAGGAGAGGACUUCCUGAUAUAACUUUUAUACUGUUGUUUUAGGGAGGUGUGGGGAUAUUUUUUUUCAUGUUGCUUGAGAACAAACCUGUGUUUAGUGUGGAUAUUUAGCUUUAAUGUUCAUUUUUGUUUUGUUUUGAAAUAUGCUGUCUUGUGCAGUUAGAGGUUGUUUGGACUAUAAAGAAAAAGAUGUGAAAUUCAGUAGACAGCUUUGGGGUGUAACAUUUUAUAGAGAAUGAAAUUUUCUAUAAGGAUGACGGAUUAGACAGCCCACUUUAGAUCUGGUUGACGGCCAUGGUCCACUCAGGGGUAUCGCCCAGUGUCAGCAUUUAAAAGGGGCAUGAAAUGCUAUCUCCAUGUGUUCACCUAAAGUAAAAAUUUAUAUUGCUCAGCAGUGAAGAUGAAUAUAGAUAAAACUGCUUCAGAAUGCAAUUAUCCCCCCGGUGAUUUGAAUUGCAAGCUCUCAUUUUAUGCUGUAUUGUUAUGACUUAAUAUUCGUUCUCAUUUCAAUAUCCAAUUAAAUCAAAAUAAGACAUCCUAGAUUAGAAACAUCUUGUGAGAAUAAUUUUUUGUCUUCAGAGUGAAAUUUUAAAAAAAAUAUAUAUAUAUAUUGCGCUUUUUUUUUAAUGACAGAAUUUGAUUUUUUUUGCUGGGGAAUUUGUUGUUUUGCUGAUUUGAAUUACAAAUGGGGGAGGUAGUCCCACAUCCGGUGAAAAAUUUACAUCUGCUGAGUACAGAAGCUACAUUUCAUUCCAGAGCAAGGAAUUCGUGGUCAUUGCCAUAUUUAAAUCCUCCGGUGUUUGCAUUGUCUCGUAAAUAGUGUUCAUAAAGUUUUAUAUUAACUAGCUAGAAAAUAUUUCCUGAUUUGUAAAUCAAAAAUGAACUGCGUAAGUCAAAAGAUUUUUAUCAAAACCAUGUUUACAAUGCUUAAUUGGAUUUUCAUUUUGCAGAAUCAAAAAAAAAAAAAAAAAAAAAAAAAAUGGAGUGGAAUUACAUUUAUUUUUGUCACAUAUGUUGCUGUCAUGCAUUGUUUUUCUGUGCAAGUUUGAAUUUAUUCUCACAGAGGAUAACUUGUUUGGUCCGGUGUUUUUUUGUUGUACGUUGUGUUUUGUACGGGUGUGUCUUGAUGAAAUGCAUAAGUCAGUGCUAAUGGUGUUAGAUGUACAACUACUCGUUCAUUUGUAUCUCUAGCCUUAGCCUCCCUUUCUCAAUUUUUGGCAAAUUUAAAAUUUCAAUGGAAAGGACUUUUUUUUUCUCUCUCUUUUUUUUCAAUGUAGGUCAGAUUAUUUUUCAUACUGAAUUCUAAUACAAUCCAUUCAUUUAGCAGAAAUGACACAUUGUUACAACUCUUAAUAUAGAAUAUGCUCUAUGAAAAGGAAAAUGUUAGUGCAUAGGCACUUGGUUCAUACAAGUAAUGGGUUCUAUAUAUAUAAUCAUUUUUGUGUUUGCAUGAACAAGUGCCUAUGUGUCACUACUAGAUAUUAAAAUAAGAAUGAGAACGAACAGGAUACAUUUGUAAAAUUACUUGAAGCUUUUACCUCUGUAAUAUUUAUUCUUUAUUUUUCUAAUCUCAGGAUUGAUUUAAUGUACACCAAACCUGCAUAUGGUAUUUUUUCAUAUAUCCAUGACCUUGACCCUUGACAUUUCACCUUCUCGCUAUGUUACAUCUUGAACUCAGGAGACUUGUUGUCAGAUGGGUAGCAGACGACAAGUGAAUUAUGAUCUACCUCAUUUUUUGGAGUAAUUCUGUAUGUGUAUAAUGCCUAUAGCUUUGGUAAUAUUCUUGUGUAUAACUGUUUCUUGAGUAUGAUAACUUUCUGUGCUUGACUGUAUUUUAAUAUUUUUUGCUUCGCUAAAUUUAUUAGACGUUUGGAAUUUGUUGAGGGGUUGGGUUUAUUCAUUGUGAUGGAGUAGGACUAAAUCUUACCCAGACUGCUGAAGAAAUGUUUCAUAUUAACUUGAAAGAGAGAGAGAGAGAGAGAGCGAGGAGUUAUUUUGAAUGACUAGGUUGUUUUGUCUAUAGUGUAUACCAAGUCUAACUUGUCAGUGUAAGCUGGAUUUUCUUCAAGGCCUUUUAUUCAAAAGUAUAUAGAUAUUGUUUGCUGUACAUAGUACCCUGUGUAUUGUCUUUAGAUAUAGCUUCUCAUGUAUAUUUUGUAUAGUUUACUUAACAAAUGUUGGCUGAAUUGUAAAUAUAUAUACCUCUAUAUACUAGCUUCUGUCAAGAUGAUAUUCCAUUAAGAAGAGAUUGUAUAAAUGAGACUUGAUUUUAUGAAAUUAUGAAGGCUGAAUUUUUAAACCAAUAUUGAUGGUGUAUUCUGGUACCUUUAUUGAUCAGAAGACAUGUUUGGUCAAACUGUUAUGUUUCAUGUAUAUUAUUGUGUUUUGUUUCUGAGUCAUUGGGGAUAUUUUUAAUGUAUAAUUUAUUAAUUUUGUCUUACAGAUGGAUAAAAAGAAAAUUAUUCUAUAUAUGAUGAUACCUCAUGAAACCCCCCGAGUUAAAUCCAGGGAGAAAAUAAUCCAUGUGUUAAAUAAACAGUAUUUACACAUCAGAAAAUAAAUCCACAGUUUACUACCUCAGUAGGUCAGCAAGUGACUGCCAUCAAAUCCAUAGAUUAAUUACCUCAAAACUAGUAACUGCACCUUCAGUUGAACAAGAAAUUUGAAUUCGAAGUAUGCAGAUAUUUUUGUAUAAAACUAAAUUUAUGAAACUACCUCAGAAAAAAGUCUUUGUUUUUGUUUUUCUGCCCCUCCCCGAGCCAUGUAUCAUUGGUCAUUAUUUAUGGUCCUUUGUAUAAUAUAUGGUCAUAGAUGGAUUAUUUGAGCUUGUGUAACUGUUUAUUUUUAAGGGCUUUGAUUAAGAUUGUAAUAUGUUAGUAAUAAUUUACUAUUUUUGGGGAAAGGCAUUGCAAUCUUUAGGGAAGUUUGUAAGUCUUAAACUACCAUAAAUGCAGGGGGGAAAAAGAAAAACAAUAUUCAAAAUCGACUUGAUAAAGUAUUUUAGAAACAAAAUUUACCCCAUUGCAAUGCCUUCCCAGUGCCAGGAGAUAAGAAAGACAACUCUUGCUUUGUGACCCGGUGACCCUUGGAUCUGCUGGUUCCUUCACUAAUGCAACAUGUUACCCAGAGCUAACUUUUGUUUUUAUCAGAUGGAACCAUAUUUUGAUUUAGAACUGAUUUUUCAUUAUAUAUUUUUCAUCUAUAUAUAUAUAUUGUUGUUGUGUUAGUGUUAUAUGAGGUUUUAAAUUACUAAUUGAUAAAUUGAUUAAUGAAACAUUUUUAGAUAGAGAAAAUUUGAAGGGAAAUCAGAACCUGUGCAUUUUCUAUAUAUGAAUAUUCCUGGUUGUAAACUUUACAAUAUUAAGAAUCAAAACUGAAUUUUAAAUCAAAUUUUCGCUUUGAUUGAAGAUUUCUUGUUUUGUACAAGCGAGAAUGUCAACAAAAAAAGAAAAAAGGAAACAAAAAUCCCCACUUAUAUAGAUUAUAUUUUGCAUCAUUAUUUGCGAACCCAAUAACAUGUUGCAUUAUGGAUAUUGUGUCUAUUAAUGUGUAUGUACACCACAGCUAUGUCAUAUAUUUCCUCUAGAAAUAAAAAAAAUAUUAACAGCA